AUGUCAAAAACAACCCAUACCAAGAAAGAAACCAGAGUAGGUGAUGACGGCAAUGUCCACACAGUUACCACUACCACUGUCACUUAUUCUGGGUCUGGUUCUGGUUCGAAAUACUUUAAUACAAAUAUAAACGACUUCUUGGCCGACAGUAAUUUUGGCGAGGACUUUGGCAAUGAUUUCUUUUCAAAAAUUAAGCGUGUAUCUUAUGAGAAACCACAUGAACAACCACCACACUUACCAAAAGAGUAUUCGCUUUACAAAAAACCAACACAAGAAGUUGAAUAUCUCAAGUCUGAUUGUAGCGGACAUAGAAGAGCACUUUUGAUUGGAAUAAAUUACAUUGGUACUAAAUACAAAUUGGAAGAGUCGGAUAUUACGGUUUUAACUGAUGAUCAACAUGAUCCGUCAAGAAUUCCAACAAGAGAAAAUAUCCUUAAACAGAUGAGAGCUCUUGUUGCUAAUGCUCGACCACACGAUUCUGGCCAUGGUGGUCAACAAGUAGACACAGAUGGAGACGAAGAAGAUGGUUACGAUGAAACAAUCAUGCCACUCGACUUUCAAACACGUGGUCAAAUCAUUGAUGAUGAAAUGCAUCAUAUACUAGUGGAUGGCCUCCCAGCUGGGUGUAGAUUAACGGUGGUAUUUGAUUCAUGCCAUUCUGGCACAGUACUUGAUUUGCCGUACGUGUACUCAACUCACGACAGAAUAAAAAAACCGCAUAUAAUUAAACAUGCAAUAAAUGCUGGUAUUAAGUAUAUACAAGGCGACAGAGAAGAUGCUAAAUUAGUUACAGCGCAAGCAUUUGCGGAACAAAAAAUUCGCAGGAAGAAUCUAGAAACUAAAUCAAGUCCUGCGGAUGUUAUUAUGUUCAGUGGAUGUAAAGAUGAACAAACGUCCGCAGACGCUUCUGAAGGCGGAUCUGCCACUGGUGCUAUGUCACAUGCUUUAAUUACUACUGAUCAAACAUAUCUCUCAUUACUGAAUAAUAUAAGAGAUAUUCUUCGCGAUAAAUAUUCCCAGAAACCACAAUUAAGCGCGUCUCACCCAAUGGAUAUGAAUGAAGUGUUCAAAAUGUAA